AUGCCGAUAACAUGGGCUUACAUUCGCAUGAUGGGUCCGGAUGGUCUCAAGGAAGCCACACAGACAGCAAUUUUGAACGCAAAUUACAUGGCUAAACGUCUUGCACAAGGCUAUAAAAUUGUUUACAGGGAUGAGCAAGGUUUGGUAGCACACGAGUUCAUUAUAAACUGUAAAGAGUUCAAGAAGACGGCUGGUGUU